CUCUCUGGCUGGCUUCGUGUGUCUGUGCGGAUGAUCGAUUAGGAUGCUGGGUUCGUUUGGAAAGCAGUCUCAACCUUCGAAGAAAAAACAUAAAGAAGGAGAAUGGUUCGGAGUGAGUUUCAGGCCAGAAAACUUCAUACCAGGUCUCAUUAUCGGUUUCAUUUUUGGGUUGCUCAUAGAUUUAUCGGGACUUCCCAAAAGUAAUUCCAAAGGAAAUAAAACCUUAUCUACCAGGGGCAAACAGCAACAACAAAGUCUAGUUUCAGGUGAUGGCGAUGAAGAACUUAAAAUGGUCUUGGUUGUCAGACAAGAUUUGAAGAUGAGAGCUGGAAAAAUUGCAUCUCAAUGUGCUCAUGCAGCCACUGGAAUUUAUGCUGAACUGAUGCAAAGCCAGAGGUCCCUUUUGAGACAAUGGGAGCAAGAUGGCCAGCCAAAAAUAGUUGUAACGUGCAAGAAUCAACAGGAAAUGAAUAAACUGAAGGCGGCAGCAGAGAGCAUCGGCCUUCCCAGUUUUGUUGUUGCUGAUGCAGGGCGCACACAGGUUUUGGCUGGAUCAAAGACAGUUCUUGCCAUUGGACCUGGCAGAAAGAAAUUGGUUGAUUCUGUGACUGGAAAACUGAGCCUGCUCUAACAAUUUUUUCCACUUAGAGGUACACUCAAAAGCAAAUGAAGAUUAUUUUGAUGAAAGUGUCAUUUUAUCUGUUGAGAGAAUUGUUAUUUCUUUCUCCAACCAUGUUUGAGUGGGUAUGAAUUUGGAUGCACUUAAUGAAGUUAGAUGUUACAUACAUUAAAAUGAGAUUCUGAAAAUCAUUAUUAAUUUUGAUGACCAAAUACAAGUGUAACCAGGUGAUGCAGGCAA